AUGCCUAAGUGGAACGUCCGGCGGAGGCCCGUCCGCAUGCUCGGACUGCUGCUGCUGGUGAUAUUGAGCUUCCUGGUGCUCCGCAGGGUGAACUGGCACAGGCUGACGCCCUUGUGGCUGCGGCAUCGGCGCUUGGGGCUGCAGGCCAAAGGGCAGAACUUCAUGCUGGAGGACUCGGCCUUCUGGAUCUUCGGGGGCUCCAUGCACUACUUCCGGGUGCCCCGAGAGUACUGGAGGGACCGGCUGCUGAAGAUGAAGGCCUGCGGCCUGAACACCCUGACCACCUACGUUCCGUGGAACCUCCACGAGCCGGAAAGAGGCAAAUUCGACUUCUCUGGGAACCUGGACCUGGAGGCCUUCGUCCUGUUGGCCGCAGAGGUGGGGCUAUGGGUGAUCCUGCGUCCGGGCCCCUACAUCUGCAGUGAGAUGGACCUCGGGGGCCUGCCCAGCUGGUUACUCCAGGACCCCGACAUGAGGCUGAGAACAACUUACAAGGGCUUCACCGAAGCAGUGGACCUUUAUUUUGACCACCUGAUGGUAAGGGUGGUACCACUCCAGUACAAGCACAGAGGACCCAUCAUUGCUGUGCAGGUGGAGAACGAGUAUGGUUCCUACAACAAAGACCCUGCCUACAUGCCUUACGUCAAGAAGGCCUUGGAGGACCGGGGAAUCGUGGAGCUGCUCUUGACCUCGGACAACAGGGACGGCCUCAGCAAGGGGACUGUGGAUGGAGUGCUAGCCACCAUCAACUUACACUCACGAGACGAGCUGCCGUUUUUAACCACCUUUCUGCUGAGCGUCCAGGGCGUCCAGCCCAGGAUGGUGAUGGAGUGCUGGACGGGCUGGUUUGACUCGUGGGGCGGUCCCCACAGCAUCCUGGAUUCCUCAGAAGUUUUGAGAACCGUGUCCGCCAUCGUCAAUGCUGGCUCAUCCAUCAACCUGUACAUGUUCCACGGUGGCACCAACUUUGGCUUCCUCGGUGGCGCCGUGCACUUCCAGGACUACAAGUCCGACGUCACCAGCUACGACUAUGACGCGGUGCUGACGGAGGCCGGGGAUUACACGGCCAAGUACACAGGGCUCCGGGAGUUCUUCGGCUCCGUCUCAGGGGCCCCUCUUCCUGCCCCACCUGACCUUCUUCCCAAGACGGCGUAUGAGCCAGUGGUGCCAGCUUUAUACCUGUCCCUGUGGGACGCCCUGCCCUACCUGGAGGAGCCGGUCACCUCGGAGAAGCCGGUCAACAUGGAGAACCUCCCGAUAAACGGGGGGAACGGGCAGUCUUUUGGGUACACGCUGUACGAGACCACCAUCACCUCUUCUGGCAUCCUCAGUGCCUGUGUGCGGGACCGGGGACAGGUGUUUGUGAACACGGUCUCCAUAGGGUUCCUGGACUAUAAGAGGAAGAAGAUUGUCAUCCCCUUGGUCCAGGGGUUCACGAUGCUGAGGAUCUUGGUGGAGAAUCGCGGGCGAGUCAACUAUGGGAGUAAUAUCGACGACCAGCGCAAAGGUUUAAUCGGAAAUAUCUAUCUGAAUGAUUCUCCCCUGAAAAAUUUCAAAAUCUACAGCCUGGAUAUGAAGAAGAGCUUCUUUCAGAGGUUCCACGCAGACAAGUGGAACCCUGUCCCCGACGCGCCCGAGCUCCCUGCUUUCUUCUUGGGGCCGCUGUGGGUCUCCCUCUCCCCCUGUGACACCUUUGUGAAGCUGGAGGGCUGGGAGAAGGGGGUUGUAUUCAUCAACGGCCAAAACCUUGGACGCUACUGGAACAUCGGGCCCCAGGAGACCCUCUACCUCCCAGGUGUCUGGUUGGACCAAGGCCUCAACCAGGUCAUCGUCUUCGAGGAGGGGAUGGCGGGUCCGGCGAUACAGUUCACGGAAACGCCCUCCCUGGGCCGGCUCGAACCGGAGAAGCGAGUUGGGGGCGAGGGAGGGCCCCUCCCCGAAGAGCUGCCCGGCUCUGUGGCUGCUGCCGUCCGACUUCGCUGCUCCCGCGGGUUCGCUGCCUUGAAUUGCGGUAAAGCCACAGAGUUGCAGCUGAUCCUCCUCGGUGGUGUUUCUCCGACGUCGCCCGGGCCGGGCUCUCGGUUAGCCCGGCUGUCGCCGCGUCGACAGAAACUCGGCCGUUCGGCCCCAGUGCAAGAGCAGAUCCCGCCGGGAGUGGGGACCGUUUGGGGGAACAGCAGGCUGAGAGCCUCCCAGCAGCGCCGCGAGCCCGUGCUUGGCUUGGGAGGGGUCUGCACGGGGGCAGUGGUGCGCAGCUCCUGGGCCGAAGAGCGGAGCCGGGUAAAGGGCAGACGGUCACGGGGGGCUGGGCCCGAGGGUCCCGCUGGGGACAGAGAAGUGGAGCUUGUUGACGCGAACCUGGUGGACCAUGGCUGGGGGUCCCAGUCCCUGAUCUCGUCCAAACUCACCAGCUCUUCCUGUGCCGCCUUGAACGGGGAGCCCGCGGCUCAGCGUCUGCCCGGAGCGGCGGACACAGUUCUGCUCUGUCUUGGUUACUCGUGGCUGUACUCGCACCUCACGUCCAGCCCAUCAGCAAACCCCUGA